AUGGGUAUUGGGUCCAAGAAGUUUCCCCCCCUGCCUGCCCCGACCGAGACCGACAUUAUCACCCCUACCGAAUUAACCACGGCCGACGACAUCGAUCACGAAGACGACGGGCCCGCCGACGAGGCCUCUCACUUUUCUUUACCUGACGACGGCACUCCCAUCACCAUCAAGACCCGCGGUCACAAGCUUAACCGCUCUCAAACUUCCCUCCUCAUCGAGUACUUCGAAGGCGGCAAAACCAGCCCGUCUGCCUCAGGAGUCGAGCGCAAGCCGAGCGUCCGUGUGCGUCUGACGCCGUCGAAGAAAAAUAGAAACAACCACAUUCAAAUCACCGAAACGAAGAGCUCGCGGAAGACUUCCCUGACGCGCCGAGUCCCUUUACCGUCGACAGCUGACUCACAUAUCGCUACGGAAACGCUCGACGCUGAAGACCUCGACAGUAUGCAAUCGUAUGCCUCGGCCACAGAAGAGUCGAAUGUGUCGAGGAACCCUAUCGACAUAGAAAUCGACAGGAGCGAACGACGACGACGUCCAGCGAGCCCGCUGAUUCCCGCGGCUGACGCCAAGCAGUCCAGCUACAUGACAACUAACAUGUCCGACAUUUCUGCCAUCCCAACGGAUAGUUUUCUUGAUGGCUCCGGACCGACCAAUCUUACGUACAGAGAAGUCGAGAAGCGACAAAGUAGAAGCCCGUCAAGCAGCAGAAUCUCAGCCGCGGGCGGCGCCGGUGCCCUCGCUGGUUCAGCGCUUGCCGACAAAUCGAGGAAUAGCAAGAGCAGGAGCGAGACCCGCGACAGGAUCGUGCUCCCAAAAUCCACCGACAAGGUUCGGGACAAGGACCGUAAACAACGUUCCAGCAAAAGUCGUGCCAGCAGUCUGAGCGAGAAGCAAGUGGAGGACCAGCAAUCCGUCCGUUCAGGAGCUUCCAAGUCCUCAAUCAACAACCCGAAGCUCCUAGAGACGGUUGAGGACGCAAUCCGCAGACUGAUUCUUCCCGAGCUUAGUGCUUUGAAGCGGGAGCAGAGCAAGCACGAAGAUCUUCCGGACGCAGAGCCGACUCUCGAGCUCGAGAUCGAAGAGACCGAGAGGCUCGCCACGAUUAUGUUGAUAGCCCUUAUGGGCUGGAUGGAGAGAGCCAUCGCUGGCACCGCUGCUGCCGGACUGGCCGCCGCCGCCGCUUUGAGCCCGAAAUCUCCUGUGUCUGAUGAUAGGCGGCAGAGACGGCGCCGGCGGGCUGACGGUUCGGCUCGCAGUCGCAGCCUGGGCAGAGACAAGUACGCUGAAGAGUAUGAGGAGGAGGAGGCACCAGCACCUCCCAUGCCCCUGAUGAGCGAAAUCAACCCAUCAGAGCUGACCCGCACCUCCAUCUUGUCAGCAGAGACUGAGCACCCUCGUUCCGAGCUCGAGGAAUAUUCAUCAGUCCAAGCGGUGACUCGAGGUGACAUAUCUGCUACGUCCUCUCCAUCGCGAUCUGCCGCUACCCUGCAGCAGACUCUCGGUACAAGACAUGCCAACGUUUCAAGCGGUGACUUGAACGCUAUUCCUCGUCAACGCAUCGACGACUACCACGAGGACUACCAGAGUGAACGCAACAUGCCUCCAACCCAUUUCCGUGACGACUACAAUGAUGAAGAGUUUGAGACAAGCCGUGCAGGACCACGGCAGCUCGACUACGAGCAGCAUGACGAUGGAGCCGACUAUUACAAUACCCAGGACGUUCCGCCCCCGCUGAAGUACGUUCCGUACCAGCCGGAGCGGCGUGGCCUCAGCCCGAUCUACAGCGUUUCCGGCUACACUGAAGGCGGCAGCGAAGCACCUGGCCAGCGAGAUUCAAGGCUCACUAAUGGCAGCCUGUCUCCGGACAAGUCUCCCCGUCACAGUAACGUUCUCAGCCGAGGGUUCGACGAUCAAUCUGUCGAUGAUCGCAGCAUCCGAAGCUCUGGACAGGAUUACCGGAGUACCAUGUACACUGACGAUGGCGAUUACGACCGCGCAGACUCCAGCCAGGCUGUUCAUGACGUUGGUGCGAAGCCCUACAUUCAACAUGCUCCCACCCAGUAUGCCCCGGCUGGUGUUGAGUCCAACGUCGCCUCACUCGUCGACGGGUCGAUGCUCGACCAGUCCGUCCUCACUGCUGGCUCUGCCCUCUCUGAGAAUAACGAGUACGGAAAGCGCGACUCGACCAUUUCUUACGACGCUCAGUCAGCCUCGCUCGGAGCUGCGCGAGGUUACAGCCCAGACAAGCUUUCCGUGAAGAGCCAGCGAGACCUCAUCGAAGAACGCGAGGGCAUCAGGACUCCGACUUCGAGCCGACAUGGCCAUUCCCAAGACUUCGCUGGCGAGUACGACCUGGAUGAGUAUGGCCAUAAGGUGGCUCCCACAAGGUACCGCAACUCUGCAUCUACGUCACGUCACUCGCCCACAGCCUCUGAGAAGGCCAUUGCGCUUGGAGCAGUUGGUGCUGCCGCCGCAGCACUGAAAGCGGCCAAAGACCGAUCGAAGCAGCCUACUGUGGAAGAGGUCCAGGAAGACUUUGUGCCCGAGGGCGUUUCCAGGAACAAGUCUUUCAAGGAAAGGACAAUGGAUGGGCGCGAGCUCGCCACCACCCCCGCUCACAGCAUCGACAGACUGGAUUAUGAUGAUGAGCCCAAGAUGGGUGCUAGUGCCAUGCCCGGACUCCAUGAUCCUAUGCCCGAAGCCGAGUAUGUUGACGAUGAUCUCAUUACCAACCCAUCCCUCGUCCGCGAGGAGCUGAACCACACGCCUCGCGCUGAACAGCAGUGGGCCCCCGUCACGACACCUCGCCAAAGUGACGUGGCCGCCUAUGACCAGUAUGACGAUGAAACCAGAGGCGAUGGCCCAAGUCUUGGCCUGGCAACAGCCGCUGGCGCCGCUGCGAUUGCAACAGCUGCUGCCAUGGCACGCAAUCGACAAGCCAGUCAAGAACCAGACGAUGAGUGGCAACGCACCUCGACUGACCGGAAAAGAGAUACACUGAUCACAAACCCUUACGACGGCGCCAGCCCUGUGGUCAACCCUGAUCUACUCAAUGCUCGCGGCCUUGAUCCCGAUGGCUUUGGCGCAGGCUAUCACACCGGGAGCCCCGCGGGACAGAAACAUUUCGACGAAGGCUACAUCUCCCAAGGGCCUAUCCACUCACCCAGCAUUCAACCCAAGGGCAAGGCCAUGAUGAGCUUCUCCGAUGCUGGCGCUGAAGAUCCAUUCUACACUCCUGCCAAGGGGCACUCUCGUCACCUCAGUGGUAUGUCUCAAGGCAUGGGCUCACCAAUUUACGAUGCGGCUACGGGCGCAGGAAUUGAGCGCAUCGAGUCAAAGGACAUUAUCGCUCUGAUGCAGCAUCUCAUGGUUCGCGAUGCGCAGCGCAGUGCACGCGACACCGAGAUCCUGGUGACACUGGUCCGGUCCGCUGCCGAGAUGAGAAACUCCUUCGAAGAGAUAAAGAAGGUCCUUGCGAACACCGAAGACGUCAUCAUCCAGGAAGUCCAGGAAAACACCGAGAAUACGGUUAAGAAUAUCAUCGGCGGCCCCCGACCUUUCCCUGGAAGCGCGCCCCGCUCUGUCAAGGGCUUCAGCGGCGCAUCUCAAGACGGCACCGUGGACGAGACGACCAAGAAGAAUAAUCUGUUCCGCAGAGCAUUCCUGAAGAGCUUUGGUGCCAAGGACACCAACGACCUCGGCCGCAUCGAAGACAUGCUGAACCAGUUGCUGGCUGAAGUGGACACCCUGAAGGCUCAGACGGCCCGCCCCUUGGCAUCCAGCGGUCAGGGGCAAUCCUUCGAAAACAUCCGACCCGAAGUCGCGUAUGAGCAGGACCGCGGUUAUGAACCCGAAGGUCACGCCGGCACCUCGACAGCCAGUCAUGCGAGCCAAUCUGGACAGCUGUCUCUUCCUCAAUCGCGUGGUCCUUCAACCAAACUUGGAUACGAGCGUAAGUUCUCGGAUCAUCGUAUCAGCACUGUCCCCGAGGACACGGAGGAGGAUUAUGAGCAAGAGACAGAUUACAGACGCAACCACCAGGCCAUGCUUAGUCCUCCGCACCAAGACGUCCAGCGGGGUGGCUCGGUGCCCCUCGCGACGCCCCCCCACCCGGGUUCCAACAUGAUGGCCUCGCUGAGUAACGAGAACACCCCUAUAACCAUCAAGGGCAAAAAGCACAAGUCUCGAGGUUCCUCUGGUUGGUUUCCCAAGAUCUCGCGCUGGUCCGAGUCCACCGCGACAAGCGUGAGCAAGGCUUUCCGCGGGAGUGGCAUGUCCAGCAAACGUGGGAACGACGACGAAUACAGCCAACGACCACCAUCCCGUUCAGGUUCUGACCUGGGUCAAUAUGACGAUAGACGUCCGUUUGAGGAGGACCGUUACGACGAGGAACAGCUGCACAGCGGCUUCUCGCAGACCAACCUGCCCCAGUCUGUCAGCAUGCCGCUCGAUAACAGGGCCCCUCCGCCUGCCACAUACAUGACGCCAGAGGACCCCAAAUACAAGGCGCACCGCAACUCACUCAACUUGCAACACCCGCAGCCCAGACAAGGCCAGACUGAGCGAUUCCAGGCAGCCCUGGAGUCCCAGGCACACCAGUACGACACUCCAAUGUCCCCCAGAUCAACCGAUUGGCACGGCUCCGUGACGAGCCUGAACCGAUUCCCGCCCCAAACCAGCAACCGUUAUAGUGGUGGUUCCGCCGCCACGGGGGCCACGGGCGCUGCUGGAGCUGCCGGUGCCGCGAGUGGUGAAUCCUGGGGUUCUUCCCCAACCGGCCCCCCUCGUCCGCCCAAGGAGCCGAUGGACGACGACGGCAGCCGGACUCCGACCAGAACCGAUAGGGUUUCCAGGCUAUCGAAGAACAGUCCUCAGCCAUACAACAGCGUCGAAAGCGGCUACGGUACAGGUGCCGGCACGCAUGCCAGUGGUUACAGCCCGAAACUCGAGAACCGCAACCUCAACGCGGCCCUGGGGGUGCCCACCAGGCGGCCAAGCGGGCCUCGAGCCAUGACGCCUAAGAGCGCAGAGGAGGAAGAAGCUCGCGAGGAGCGGCGUCGCAAGAGGGAAGAGGGAGAAGACAAACUUACACAACCUACUCCGUCCUCUGCGACGAUAAGUUUGGCUUGCACAAACACCCUACUCCCGAUCUGGUCGAAGCUGCUGGCUAGCUUCGAUGCACAUCCUAUUAUUCUUUAUAAUUAUGAGGCGAGACUGCGAUUCUGCCAGGCAUCAACUGAGGGCCAGCAGAGACCGACGGAGAAGAGCAGUUGA